AUGCACUAUACUCAGCCCUGCCCUGUGCAAUUCGCACAUCCUCAUCCCCGCCCUCGCCCUCGGUUCUGCAUCUUUCGGCCAGGUGGCUUGCUGGCACCUUUGAUCCCGGUCGACGAGCUUCCAUCCUGGUUACAGAUUUGCAACUGGAGUCCUGAUAUGUACAUGGGCUUACAGCCAGUAUCACUGAGCUUCAUUCAGCGUGAGGGUGAGUACGACGUCAUUUGUCACCAUUGCUCCAGCAGCGUGGAUUCGCUCCACCAAAGUUUGUCUGAGCGAAUCGACGAUGGGACGCCUUCUCCUCGGUCUCCUGCUAGUCAUACCCAAAGCUGUCCCGACGCUGUCUUUGCACCAGCCCCUUGUGGCCCAUCACUCAUGGUCUUGAAGCCUCCAAUGAAUGUUCAAGUUCUUGGACAGCCGCCCUUCCAUGCAGCGCUCCAAAACCCUCUUGCUGGAAUGUGUAUGCUCGGCGUACCUCCGCCUGAAGAUGAUGAGAUCGUCUCGGAACCAGCUGUUUUCCAGCCUCCGAAGAGUAUCGCUCGAUCAAAGUCGUCCGCAGGGUCCCAGCGAUCGGACUUGAAGUCUCAAGCCGCCCCUCUCGAUCCUUCGGACGCACCUAGAUCUUUUCAUCCCGGAUCGGAACGUUCUCUAUCUUUGCUGAAUGGAAGUCUUGCCUCUACCCGGUCUCUGACUGCGGCUGUCGAGCGGCUCAAAGAGGUCAUCGAGGCUCGGAAACUUUCCCGGGCUGUCAGUACUGCCAUAAGCAGCAAGAGUGGAACUAGGAUCGCCAAGUCUGUUUCCCAUUUCUCAGGUUCCAAAUCCAGCAGGGUCUUUGUGGCAUCCCGGAGCCGCCGACGUACCCGGGCUCGUCGUCGCCGCGCGGCAGAAAAGCCCAAGCCUGUGGUUGAAUCCAUCGUGGCAGAAGAAAAGCCCGAGCAGCCAAACUCGGCCACCAAGCGCCGAGACCGACGGGAACGUAUGGCUCGUGGACGGAAAGACGUGAAAUCUGGGAAUGGGCAUUGGCAUAUGAUGAUGAUCCCAAACUGGCGCGCAAACAUCACUUCGCGUUGA